AUGGCUCAAGAAUUUGUUAUUAAGCCAGAAGAUGCUGGUGCAUCUGCUAACACAUCUGAAUGGCCUUUAUUAUUGAAGGACUAUGAUAAACUUUUAGUUAGAAGUGGUCAUUACACUCCAAUCCCAGCGGGCGCAUCGCCAUUAAAGAGAGAUUUAAAAUCUUACAUCAGUUCCGGUGUUAUAAAUUUAGAUAAACCAUCUAACCCAUCUUCUCACGAAGUUGUUGCCUGGAUCAAAAGAAUCUUACGUUGUGAAAAGACUGGUCACUCUGGUACUUUAGAUCCAAAAGUUACUGGUUGUUUGAUUGUCUGUGUCGACAGAGCUACCAGAUUAGUCAAAUCCCAACAAGGUGCUGGUAAAGAGUAUGUUUGUAUCGUUAGAUUACAUGAAGCUUUAAAGGACGAAAAAGAUUUGGGUAGAUCUUUAGAAAAUUUAACAGGUGCUCUUUUCCAAAGACCACCAUUAAUCUCUGCCGUUAAGCGUCAACUUCGUGUUCGUACCAUUUACGAUUCCAACUUAAUUGAAUUCGACAACAAGAGAGGUUUAGGUGUUUUCUGGGCAUCUUGUGAAGCUGGUACUUAUAUGCGUACCCUUUGUGUUCAUUUAGGUAUGUUAUUAGGUGUUGGUGGUCACAUGCAAGAAUUACGUCGUGUGAGAUCUGGUGCUUUAUCUGAAAAUGAUAACAUGGUUACAUUACACGAUGUUAUGGAUGCUCAAUGGGUUUAUGACAACACCAGAGAUGAAUCAUACUUAAGAAAGAUCGUUCAACCAUUAGAAACUUUACUAGUUGGUUACAAGAGAAUAGUGGUCAAGGAUUCCGCUGUUAACGCCGUCUGUUACGGUGCCAAAUUAAUGAUUCCAGGUUUAUUACGUUACGAAGAAGGUAUUGAAUUAUAUGAUGAAGUUGUUUUAAUCACAACAAAGGGUGAAGCCAUCGCUGUUGCCAUUGCACAAAUGUCAACUGUUGACUUAGCUACCUGUGAUCACGGUGUUGUCGCCAGAGUUAAGAGAUGUAUCAUGGAAAGAGAUUUAUAUCCAAGAAGAUGGGGUCUUGGUCCAGUUGCUCAAAAGAAGAAACAAAUGAAGGCUGAUGGUAAAUUAGACAAGUUUGGUCGUGUCAACGAAAAUACCCCAGAAGACUGGAAGAAGAGCUACGUUCCAUUGGACAACGCUGAAACUGCUGCUCCAGUUGCUACUAAAGAUGAAAGUCCAUUAAUCAAGGAAGUUGAACCAAAGACUGAAGAAAAGAAGGAAGAGAAGAAAGAAGAAAAGAAGGAAAAGAAGGAGAAGAAGGAAAAGAAGGAUAAGAAGGAUAAGAAAGAAAAGAAGGAGAAAAAGAGAAAGGCUGAAGAUGAUGGUGAAGAAAAGAAGAAGAAGAAGUCUAAAAAAUGA